AACUCUAGAAUCAAGUUCGAUACUUCCAUUCCCUAACUAUCCUUUUAAAAAAAUGUCAUCAUCUCUUCUCCCUCUCCGCAACACACCACCAUCACUCCUCCAUUUUCUCCCUUCAACCCCUCUUCCAUUCCAACCACAACCCAUGUCCACUUUCUCUACUUCCCUCUCUCCCUCCACAUCCACAUCCACCUCUCAAAACAACCUCGACCAGCCCGAGCACAACCUCUCCCACGUCCUCAAAUACCACAACCAAACCAAACACAACUUCAACCGCUACGCACGGGGCCCCCACGGGCUCGACUGGGCCAACCAGCCCAACCCAUUCCGCAGGUACCUCUCCUCCCCUCUCCUCCCCCUCCUCCACCCGCAACCAAACGCACACCAAUCACCACUCUACCACUCUCUCUUCCGUUCUCUCCCCUCUCCGCACCCCAUUUCCGAAUCCACCGUUUCCCACUUCCUCUUCGAUUCCCUCGCUCUCUCCGCCUGGAAAACCACCGGCUUCUCCACCUGGUCUCUCAGGGUCAACCCCAGUAGCGGCAAUUUGCACCCCACUGAAGCCUACGUCGUUGCCCCACCGAUACCCUCCAUCUCCGAUUCGCCUUUCGUCGCUCAUUAUGCCCCAAAGGAGCAUUCUUUGGAGCUCAGAGCCAAAAUCCCAUCUGGGUUUUUCCCCAAGUUUUUUCCACCCAAUUCGUUUCUCGUUGGGUUGUCCUCGGUUUUCUGGCGCGAGGCUUGGAAGUACGGUGAACGAGCGUUCAGGUACUGUAACCAUGACGUUGGUCAUGCCAUUGGUGCAGUUGCCAUGGCUGCUGCGGGUCUUGGUUGGGAUGUGAAGGUUUUGGAUUCUCUGGGGUGUGAGGAGUUGAAGAGUCUCAUGGGGCUUCAUGUUUUCCCAGAGUUUGAGAUUCCAUCACGUGCUGUUAGAGGGAAGAUUCCAGAGAUUGAGUUUGAGCAUCCUGAUUGUGUGAUGCUAGUUUAUCCAAGUGGGGUUGGUGGGUUUGAUGUGGAUUGGAAGGAGUUAAGUGAAGCUAUAUUGGGGUUUGAUGAGUUGGAGUGGAAAGGGAAGCCUAAUUCCCUUAGCAAAGAGCAUGUGUGUUGGGAUCUUAUUUAUAGGACUGCUGAGGCUGUGAAGAAGCCUUUGACAUUGGACGAUAGGUUCUCGGUUGAGCCUUUUCAGAGGAGUGGUGUUUGUGGUGAGGGUUUCUAUAAGGGGUUAACUGUGAGGGAAGUUGUUAGGAAGCGUAGGAGUGCUGUUGAUAUGGAUGAAGUAACUAGAAUUGAGAGAGAUGCAUUUUAUCAGAUUCUGUUGCAUUGUCUUCCUUCAGGUUGCCAGGUUGGAGGAAGGCAAAAGAGGCAGCUGGCAUUGCCAUUCCGUGCGCUUCCAUGGGAUGCCGAGGUGCAUGCUGCUUUGUUUGUUCAUAGAGUGGAGGGGUUGCCGCAAGGAUUGUAUUUCUUGGUGAGGAAUGAAAAUCAUUUUGAUGAAUUGAAGAAGGCUAUGCUCCCUGACUUUUUGUGGACCAAACCUGAGGGCUGCCCUGAUGAGCUUCCGCUGUAUGAACUGCUUAGAUCUGAUUGCCUGAAGCUUGCCAAGCAGCUUUCAUGUCACCAGGACAUUGCAAGUGAUGGUUGCUUCAGCCUUGGUAUGUUGGCUCGAAUGGAACCUACUUUGCGUGAGAAGAAUGCUUGGAUGUAUCCACGUUUAUUUUGGGAGACUGGAGUCCUUGGACAGGUGCUGUACCUUGAAGCACAUGCUGUUGGAAUCUCAGCAACUGGAAUUGGUUGCUUCUUUGAUGACCCUGUUCAUCAGUUGCUUGGGUUGAAAGGGUCAGCAUUUCAGAGUCUCUAUCAUUUUACUGUUGGAGGUCCUGUCUUGGACAAGCGUAUAAUGAGUUUGCCAGCAUAUCCAGGCCCUGAUGUUGAUGCUUAAAGCUGCGCAAUGACUUCAAAUUGCCAUUCAAUGUUUAGGGCCUCUUAGAUGAAUCUCUUAAAACACAAUUUCUUUAAAUUGUUGUAUACCCAUGUAUAUGUGAAUUGCUCUACGUAGGUAAAAUCUGGCCUGCAUAUAUACCUACACAUUUGAUAAUUUUUUACCGUAGUAAAUAACUACCUUGUAUAGUAAAUGUGUAAGUUUUCAUAGUAAUAAAUCUGGAUUAGAUAUCGUGAA